AUGUCGUACGGUGGUGCUCCUAAUCAUGGUGACUACUACGGUCAGCAUGGUCAACAAGGCCACGGUUACCCACCUCACCAAGGUCAGGGCUAUCCUCCUCAGCAAGGCUACGGUGGCCCGCCACCACCUCAAGGAUAUUAUCCGCCAGAGCACCAACAGCAGCAUUCUUAUGGACAGCCCCCGCCGCAGUAUGCACCGGAUCCUUAUGGCCAACAGGGUCACCAGCCUUACCACAACGAGCCACCCCAUGGUCAAUACCCGGGCAGCUCGGGAUAUGGACAGCCCCAGCAUAUGCCUCCUCAGGACAGAGGUCACUCACCUUACCCUCCACAGCAGCAGGACCGUGGCCACUCCCCAUACCCUCCACAGCAGUACCAACAGCAGCAAUACCCGCCACAACAACAUGCGGGUCACCAACACGCUCCGGGUGGUGAGAGCUCUUCAUACUACGGAGCCCCCCAACACCAGCAGGGAUACCCGCAGCAACAUGGAUAUGCUCAGGGUGCGCCAGGUCCUGGAGUGCCUGAGGGUGAAAAGGGUCUAGGCUCAACACUUAUUGGUGGCGCAGCUGGAAGCUUCAUGGGCAAAAAAAUGGGCGGCGGAAUGUUGGGAACUGCAGGAGGUGCAGUUCUAGGUGCGGUUGGUAUGAAUAUGGCAACCCACAAGCUGUAA